AUGCUGCUCGCCCAGCCGUUGCUGGAUCUGGUGGUUCUCCUGGCGAGCAAGCUGGGGAAGCUCCCCCGGGUGGAGGCGGUGGGUGUGCUAGCGGCGGCCGUCGCGGCGAUCUACGGCCUGGUCCAGGCGAUACACAGCGCCGCCGGCUUCAAGGCCGGCGUCGCCGGCGUCGCCGGCGCCAUGGCCGACAUUGAGGCCAAACUUGACGCGUGCACCAAGAAAGUUGACGAGGCGCGCGCCUUCACCGAGCGGCUGGACCGCCUGGAGAGGCGGCUGGAUGCUGCAAUCGCGUCCGCGCUGGCGCGGCGAGGGGCCGGCGCCGCGGCGGCGCCCGGCGGCGGCGGCAUGUAG